AUGUCACCUCGACGCCUCGCAGCCCUGGAGUUCGGCAAGCCCCGCAAAGAAUACACGAAGAUGGAAUCCAAGCCCAUCAUCAAAUGUGUGAAGGGAAGGGGCAGUGGCGUACUGGCGCAAGUCAGUUACAAGCAGGAUAUCACCCUGCUUGAAGCAGGCGCCGAGACGCCAAAGACUCUCACCACCGUCAUCAAGGUGCGUGAACAUGAUCAAUAUCGCAGCGUCACUGAAUUCAACGCCGAAUUCUACAUCAAGGAUGUGGUCGCUGCGUCACAGCGUGUAGGAAGUCUACACGCCCAAACGAUCGCCCGGACAGACCCCAUGAUCUCGAAACCGCUCUUCGUGACUGAGCUACUGGGUGCGGAUAACGUCAGUCCAAAAUGCCAUGCGACCGACGACGAUGAUGCCGAUGAGACACAGACCAUCAUGCGGCAUCUAUUCUAUCCCAAUGCGUCGCCACGCUUCGAAUACCACAAUCGCACACUGUUAUUCGUCGAAGAUCUGCACUUCAUCGUGACAUUCCAGAUCUUCGACGAGUUCCACGGUCGUGGUCUCGCUCAGCUUGCGAUGGAAUCCUACCACGAAGCAGUACAGAAACUGCGUGGAGGGUUCGCUUUCAAGGGCCCCGUGGUGCUCUCGCCUGCUGCUUUGCGUGAGACCUUCGCCGCAAAGGCAGGCUACGGAAAGCCCACGAAAAGCUACGUGGAGAUUGAGCACGCAUUGAUCGCCUCAUAUCGCAAAUCGGGCUAUAAAGUCUGGAGCAAGGCGGAUGACGCUCUCGAGGGGUGCGGAAUCACCAUUAUGGGAAGAACCAUUGGUGCGCGGCCCCGGAACAUGCAGGAUACGGCGCCAGAGGAGAAAUUCCCUCCCUUUGUCAAAGCCGACGACCAUGCGCCUGCGAGGAACGAUCAAGGCAUAGCGCCGAUCGAGAAGCAGGAGAGUCCAGUAGAGAAGCAGGAGAGCCCACUCGAGGAGAGGGCGCAAUCGACGGGCGACGUUCGGAGGGGACUGGCGGUGGUCAUCCCGCCUCAAUCCCGCAAGCGUAAAGCUCCCGAAGAAGCUCUCGACGACAGUGAUAGACGCCCUGUAAAGCGAGUGGACUCUGGCCUGUUGGAUAGCGAAUGGAGCAUGGAGUGCGGUGGCGAAAGGUGUGAGCUUUGCGGUGUGACGGGGCGUGCACGAUGGCACAAAGCGGACUGUGAAGUCUGGACAACGUGUAGUAAAAAUUGA